CAACCAUUAUUGUACCCAAAUAGGCAAAUACGACCCAAAUCCACAAGUAAAAACACGAUCGAAUAAUCCAGUUCCUUAUAAAUUUAAUCAAAUCAAUUUGUAUAUUAAAAUCGAAAUUUAUUACAUUUAGGUUACAGUAUGUAUCAUCCAUCCAGAGGUGGUGUUCGUGGCGGUCGAGAUCAGUUUAGCUGGGAUGAUGUGAAGGUUGAUAAAUAUCGAGAAAACUAUCUUGGUCACAGUCUCAAGGCUCCUGUAGGGAGAUGGCAGAAAGGGAAAGAUUUACACUGGUAUGCCAGGGAUAAAAAAUCCAAUGAGGCAGACAUGAAGGCUGCCAAAGAAGAGAUAAGGAGGAUCAAGGAGGAAGAGGAACAGGCUAUGAGGGAGGCCCUAGGUUUAGCUCCUAAGCGUGCUGCGAAACCGCAAGGUAAUAGGCUUGAUAAACACGAGUUUUCUGAACUUGUGAAACGAGGCUCGACUGCAGAAGACUUGGGAGCAGGACAUGCUGAAGCGGCUCACGUUCAGGGUCUCGGUUUUGCCAAGGCACCUAAAGCAGCAUGGGAAGAGUCGACUUCUCUCCCUCCCGCUAUAACAACUGAGGUGUCUAAAGUUACAAAUGUGUCUGCAGCAACAUCUGCACGAGAUGUCAAGGACGAUUCGGAAGAUGAAAGCAGGCGGAAGAAAAGGAGGCGAGAAGAGAAGAAACAUGAGAAGCAUGAGAGAAGAGAAGAGAGGAAACAUGAACGUAGAGAAAAGAGGCAUGCUCGUGAUUCAGAUGACAAGAGGAGCCAAAAAAGAGACAAGAGUAAGAGACGACAUGAUUCUGAUUGAUAUUUUGCAUUGAAGUGUGCAUUACGUUGACCAUCCAUGUCUUCAUAUGUAUAUUAGCAAAUUGCUUUGUUGUCUGUAAGACUAGAUCUUAAAGGUCGAAGUGUAUUUUUAUAUUCUUAUGCUUAAAAUUCUUCUGAUCUAUUUGCCUAAAUAUUAAAAUUGAAUUUGUACUC